AAUGAUACAAUAUUUAGAUUUUGCUACUAAGAAAAUGAAGGAUGCACAUUUUAAAAAGCGCGCCAAUUACCCAACUAGUGACGUCACGCGAUGGCUUCCCGGAUGUAAACAAACCAGCGAUGGGGAGCAGGAGGAGCAACAGAGACACUUCCUGAUCAAACGUCUUCUGAGCCACACCUGCGAGCCACACCUGUGCCACACACACCUGGCCACCAUGAGUCCUGUUGGGGGUGUGGGGUCACCAGCGCCAUGGGUGAGGCCUGCGGACGUGAUGAAACAGAGGCUGAAGGCAAGAAAGAGAUUACUGCAGGCCCGCAUCUCAGCCACCCCCCUGCAGGUCCUGGCCCCCUCCUCAUCCCCUGCCUCUCCCUCCCCCUCCCCUGGCCAUGUUGCUGCUGCUGCUGCUGCUGUUGCCGUCAAGCGCAGGAAUCCCUUUAGGUCAUCCCCCAACAAGCGGCAGUGUCAGGAGCCUCAUGGGGGUGUUGAGGAUGACACCACUGAUGCCACUCUCUUCCAGCUCCUCCACCCCCACCAGGCUGAGGUCCUCACCACCACUACCACCAUCACCACCACCAAGAAGGCCCCCACCUCCUUUACCAACGUGCUGAGAGCUGCUGAGGGUGUGUUUGCUGAGGGGGCUGAGAAGGAGGUAAUGGCCACAAAGACCCACUGGGCAGACCACCUCCCCCUGGACUGGUGUCUCAAGUCGCGGCUUCGGUUUAGGAGCAACAAACCGCUGCCUUGGAAACACACAUUCAAGACAUCCGAGGAGGCAUCAGGAAUCACUGGCUUUGUUCGCUGCCUGGCAGAGGGUGGCUGCAGUGGCGAGGCAGGGGAACGUACACUGGACACCUCCGCCAAUGCACAGUUCUAUCAGCGGUGCCUUGUCUGGCAGCACCCGGCACUCCCCUGGCUUGGCACUCUCUUCCCCCGACACCCACACAGAGGGCCGUCCUCGUCCUCUGCGGGUGGUGUGGGUUCCUUGUCGCCGAAGGUGGUGGAGGUCCUAAGAGCGGAAUGGAGUGAGAGCCUGAGGUCACUGCACCAACUCCUAAGGGUACGUCAGUGUCCCUACUUCUACGUGUGUGGUGCGGCCUUCACUGUGCUGUUCAGGGCGGCUGGCGUUGCGGGGGUGUCACAGGCCCACGCACUCAUCACGCCCACCACCAGGGGACUGCGGGAGGCCAUGAGGGCUGAGGACAUAGAGUUCGAGAUGCCUUUCAACCGAUCUGAGACAAGUGGAGACAAGACUGGGAAGGAGGAAGAGGAGGAGGAGGAAGAGGAGGCGGCUGAGGAGGAGGUGGAGCAGGAGGAGGAGGAGGAGGGAGAGGAGAAGGGGGAGGCGACGUCCUGGCUGGAGGAUCUUGGCUUGGAGACGUCACAGUUUCCAAAUUUGAAUCCUAGUCGAGCUAAAGUGGAGCGGGAACGACAGGUGGAUUCGCGGCCGUCCUCGCUGGUGUGUGUGGAGGGGAUGGAGACACAGGCGCUCAUCAACUUCCUUAUUAAUAGCAAGAGUUGUGUGGCCAUCACUGGGGAGCUGGCUGGCGUGCCCCCCACCCUGCUGGCACCUGUGGCAUUUCAGGGGGCCACGCUGCGUCCUCUGAAGGUGAAGGGGGCCAUGGUGCGUCAAGGGGGCGUCACACAGCACAGCAUGGAGGUGAGUGGCCCCCUCCUGCCUCACACUGUCCACCAGCUGGCCACUCUUCUUGCCCAGACUGUCGACACCUUCACGCUCUCCCUCGCGCCGGUUGCCUCCAGUCUGCCUUUUGCUCUCCACACACAGCAAGAGGCCACAGCUGCUCCCCAGGCAUUUGCUCAGGAAGGGUUGGUGGACUGUGGUCUGGACGCCUCCACCAGACAGCUCCUCUGUGCCCCCACUGCCUCCCACCCUCCCCUGCCUCCAACUUACCGAGAGGUCACAUGUCAAGACGCAAGAUUUACCUGGAGUGACAAAUGACAACGGCUCUACCUUAGUGUUUUGUUUAGCCGGUGUUUGUGCGAUUGUUUUAUCUGACGCAGCUGUUUGUUUGUGUGUCUUGAUGGUGCAGUUGUGUGUUUUUAAUGUGGUUUUAAGGUUUGGUAGAGGAUGAGAGAGGUUUUACCUGAUGCAGCUGUUUGUUUGUGUUUUUGUCUUGAUGGUGCAGUUGUGUGUUUUUAAUGUUGUGGUUUUAAGGUUUGGUAGAGGGUGAGAGGACAGUGUGUGUGAUAGACAUAAGGUGGGCAACCUCCAGUGUGUGUGUGUGUGUGUGUCCCUAGACAGUCAUUGCAGGGCACCUCUGUGUAGUUGCUUUUACUCCACAAGUGUUGGUUGUGUGCUAAUCAGUUUCACUUGCAUUUUUUAAAAGGUCAUAAAUUUAAUGUUCUGUAAAUCGUCUGUAAAUCAUUUCAUUUGGAGGAAAGCCCAUCCAUAAUGUGGAAUCCAGUUUAAGGGCAAGUUCUCAGUACAUUCCCCCAGCCCUGCUCUACUUUCACAGGAAAGAUGGGGUUUUCACAACACCUUGCAUAUAUAAAGUAAUCAAUGUUGCAUUCGUCUCCCAUCCACAAUGUGUACACACAGUUUACCACAAAGUGUAACACAGUUUAAGGCAAGUUCUCAGUAGAUUUCCCCCAGCCCUGCUGUACAUUCACAGGAAAGAUGCAGUUUUCACAACAACUUGCAUAUAUUCAGUGCAUAUAUUCAGUGAUCUAAAUGUUGCAUUUGUCUUAAGUCAGUAUUUUUUUUUUUACCACCACAGUUGUUAUUGAAGAAUGACAUGUUCCACUUUUCCUUCCAAUUUUUAAGUAUGAAUGUCAGAUUUAUAGAGGUGGUACUGCACUCACUGUAAGCAGUUUAAUUUUUUUCAGUACAAAAGUUGUCAGAAUUGUUACCAGGGGAGGCAAGACUGUUUGGCCUUAACUGUGCAGGAGUCUAAAACUACUAUGUUAUAAUUAUGGCAGGAGUUUAGUCUAAAAUCUAUAAAAACCAUGUUCUUAUACUAUGGCAGAUACUCUUAAGACUCCUGACUUCUUGACUCCUAUGAUAUGGCAAUCUAAAAACCAUGGUCUGUUUUGUCAUACUUUUAAGACAUGAUUCCUGCAUGUACGAAGUCAAAAAUACUCUAAAGACUGACUGUCGACACACAGAAAAGACACUGAAGAUACGCAUCAAAUAAAACUGAUUCCCGGGGAUACAUUUUUUGAGUAAUAUUGACCAGCUCCACAUCUGCCAAGUCUUUCUAGUAUUUUCAACUUGGUACAGUUUUUUAGGUUUGAAUUUUUUUGGGGGGCAUUUUUGCAGGUUUCCAUGCAUUUGUUUUUGCAAUUUAGGGGGCAUUUUUAGUUUUUUUUUUUUAUAAAAAGUAAGCUAUCCAAGCCAUCCAAAAUUUGUAGGAGCAUUUUAAAAUAACCAUUUGAAACAAUAUAAUAAUGGGAUGAUUGCACAACUCAUAUUAUCUCCUCAGAAGACUCAUUAUUGUUCAAGACUAGCAACAUGAUUGUGAAUAAAUAGCAACAUGAUUGUGAAUAAAUAUAUCACAAAACAUG